CGUUUCAAUUUUUAUAACGUCCCUGUUUUUUGAAUGGAGCAGCUGUUAAAAAAAAAGAAAAACGUUUGAUGUGUUCAUAAUAAUAAUUUUUUUGGACUCGGAAAUUUUAUACAAAUAUUGCAGCAAUGAAGUUGCGUUUUAACACGUACGAUAUUGUUUGCGGAGUUGCUGAGCUGCAAAAGCUUGUCGGGUUGCGAGUUAAUCAAAUUUAUGACAUCGAUAAUAAAACUUAUUUGAUUCGCCUUCAAGGUAGCGAACAUAAAACAAUAUUGUUGAUAGAAUCUGGCAUCCGCUUUCAUACCACCGCAUUUGAAUGGCCUAAGAAUGUAGCUCCUUCCGGAUUUAGUAUGAAGCUUCGCAAGCAUUUGAAGAAUAAACGUUUGGAGAAAUUGCAACAGCUCGGUGUUGAUCGUAUUGUGGACUUUCAAUUUGGUAUGAAUGAAGCAGCUUAUCAUGUGAUAGUCGAAUUGUAUGAUCGAGGUAAUAUUAUAUUAACCGAUCAUGAAUUUACGAUUCUUUAUAUAUUACGUCCACAUCACGAGGGGGAGGAUUUACGUUUCGCUGUACGUGAAAAAUACCCUUUGGAAAGAGCCAAGCAAGGGAAAACUUUGCCAACUAAGGAACAGUUACAAGGCAUUAUUAAUGAAGCUGAAGGAGGCAAUAGCUUACGGUAUAUAUUAAUGCCUCUCGUAGAUUGUGGUCCUACUGUCAUAGAGCAUGUGUUAAUAAAACAUAAACUUGAUAACUGCGUAACACCUUGGAGUCAUAUAAGCAAUGAAUCUGCAGAAUUAUGUAUUAAAGAGGAAAGUCAGAAAAAGGCAAAAAAGAAAAACAAACGGGAGGCCAAGAAGAGAGCCGACUGCCGUUUAUUUGAACCGGAACGUGAUCUUGAUGCUGUUUUGGUAGCGCUGGAAGAAGCCUUUGAACUUCUGGCGAAGGCACGCAGUCUUGUAAGUCAAGGAUACAUUAUCCAGAAAAAGGAAGAAAAGCCAGCUAUAGAGGGUUCAUCUAAAUUAGAGCACUUUUAUCAAAAUAUCGAGUAUCAACCUUAUCUAUUCAAGCAAUAUGAAGGACAGCCAGUGGCAAUUUUUGAAUCUUUUAUGUUGGCAGUAGAUGAAUUCUAUUCAACUUUGGAAGGUCAGAAAAUUGACAUGAAAACUUUACAGCAAGAAAGGGAAGCACUGAAGAAGUUAUCGAAUGUUAAAAAGGAUCAUGCCAAACGUCUGGAGGAAUUGAAUAAAAUUCAAGAGCAUGAUAAGCGGAAGGCAGAACUUAUAAGUUGUAAUCAAGCUUUAGUAGAUAAUGCUAUUCUCGCUAUACGCUCGGCUAUUGCCAAUCAGAUGUCUUGGCCUGACAUACAAGAAUUGGUUAAAGCUGCUCAAACCAAUGCUGAUCCUGUUGCUGGAGCCAUACAUCAAUUAAAGUUGGAGAUCAAUCAUAUAUCACUUAAACUCUCAGACCCUUAUGCUGUCUCCAGUGAGGAUAGUGACGAUUAUGGAGAGUCUGGUAUUAAGAAAGAAAAAGAUGUCAUGGUGGUUGAUGUCGAUUUGGGACUGUCGGCAUGGGCAAAUGCUCGCAAAUAUUACGACUUGAAGCGGUCUGCAGCUCAAAAAGAACAGAAAACUGUAGAUGCUUCCCAAAAGGCCCUCAAAUCAGCUGAACGCAAAACCCAGCAGACACUUAAAGAAGUUCGCACGAUAUCAAAUAUUUCGAAAGCUCGUAAAGUUUAUUGGUUUGAAAAAUUUUAUUGGUUUAUUAGUUCGGAAAAUUACUUGGUUAUCGGCGGUAGAGAUGCUCAGCAAAACGAAUUAAUUGUUAAAAGAUAUAUGCGUCCGACUGACAUUUACGUGCACGCAGAAAUUCAAGGGGCCUCGAGUGUAAUUGUACGAAAUCCUGCAGGUGGUGAAGUUCCACCUAAAACUCUUUUGGAGGCAGGCACCAUGGCUAUUUCAUAUAGCGUGGCUUGGGAUGCUAAAGUAGUCACGAAUGCGUACUGGGUGCAUAGUGAUCAAGUCAGCAAAACUGCUCCUACUGGUGAAUUUUUGGGCACUGGCAGCUUUAUGAUACGUGGGAAAAAAAAUUUCCUUCCUUCAUGUCAUUUAAUCAUGGGUUUAAGCCUUCUUUUCAAAUUGGAAGAAAGUUUUGUUGAAAGACAUCGUGGUGAACGUAAAGUUCGUUCUUUCGAUGAAGAACAGCAAGAAGAUGAACAAGAAGCAAAAAGCCAUAUCGUCGAAAAUGAACAACUCGAUAGCAUUUAUGAGGUUGAAGAAGAAUUAAAUACCGAAGAUAGUGGGAACGACGAAACUAAAAUCUCUGAAGCAGCACAAACGCCAAAAUCUAGCAUGUCAGAGGAAAUUGAAGAGGAGGACGAUAAGAGUUCUGCUAACGAUAUCGCGGUUAAGAAUACUUUUGAAUUUCCCGAUACCCAAGUUAAGGUGGAACACGAUACUGGAAAAAUAAUCAUUGAAAAAAGCAAAGUAACCGAAAAUGAGCUAACUUCAACAAAAGUCGCACUUAAAAAUUUAAAUAUGUCUGUCAAACUUUUUGAGGAAAAGGAGGAAGCCACUAUAAUAUCUUCAGUACCGACUCACAAGAAACGUCAACAAAAUGCAAGAAAACGUAAAGAAGAAAAAGCUUAUAAGUCCCAAAAGAAUCAAAAGCAACAGCAACAAGUGUCGUCGAUCGACAAUAGUAAUGCGAAAAGUGCAAUGCAAUUUAAACGCGGGCAAAAAGGCAAAUUGAAAAAAAUGAAAGCUAAAUAUAAAGAUCAGGAUGAGGAAGAACGACAAUUACGUAUGCAAAUUCUUAAGUCGGCUGGCAAUAUUAAAACGCUCGAAACUGAUGCCAAAUUUGAUGAAAAAACCGAUUCAUCGAAACCGUUAAAUAAGGUACAGCGGCAAGUUGAACCGAAACUAGUUACUGAUGCUGACGGGGAAGAAGCUGAUGAUUUGCUCACAGGGGCUGAUGUCGAAAUGCUUGAUGCGCUCACUGGCCUACCUUUUGAAGAGGAUGAACUACUUUUUUGUAUACCUGUUGUAGCGCCUUACCAGGCCUUACAGAACUACAAAUAUAAGGUGAAGCUAACUCCCGGCACAGGUAAGCGUGGACGUGCUGCAAAGACUGCCUUAACCAUGUUUUCAAAGGAUAAACUUUGCUCUGUACGUGAAAAAGAUCUUCUCAAGAGCAUUAAAGAAGAAGCUUUAGCUCGCAAUAUUCCCGGAAAAGUAAAAUUGUCGGCGCCCCAGCUUCAAAAAUAUAGAAAAUAAAAUUGAUUAGAGUCAUUAUUUAGAUUAAAGUAACCUUAAUCUAGACAUUCUUCUCUGUUUUGUAAACGAAAUGUAGUUA